UCCCCAACUCCCUGACUUUCUAGAUUAGAUUUCUUCCACCAAUCCACCAUAGCUUCCUUAUUAAGGUUGAGUGGAGCUGUUGGACAGUUGGGCUGCAACUCCCUCUCUGCAACCACCACACUCCUCUUCCUCUCUCUAUCUCUUUCCUUCUCUCUCUAGGAACCAAACCGGUUUACAUUUCACCUUUCCAUUCCAACCCUUUUUGCAAUAACAAGAAAAAAAGAAAGCAAUGUCUCCAUUAAGGACCCACUGUUCUCUCUUUCUGAUCUCUCUUCCCCCUUUUAUCCCGGGCAGUUUUGGCCAAAAAACACCAUCUCCCGCAGAUCUCGCAGACAUCCUACGUUUCUACUCACACACCCAUCAAUUCUUACACCCACAAAACAAGAUUAUUUUCUUUUUCUUUUCUUUCUUUUUUUUUCCUCUUUUUUGAUUUGAAUAACCCGUUUGGGGCUAAUGUAGGGGUUGCUUGCUUCCCCCCUUGAUUGUACCCGUUUCCCGGAUCUGGGUCGGUCUCAGUUUCCGGUAAAUGGGCUGCAUUACCUCCAAGCAAGCUAAGCCGGUGACGGUGGCUGCCUCUGCCUCCCCUGUUUUGGGCUACUCCGUAUCCGCUGGUGUUGACAAUGCGGCGUCGGUGAUUUUGCAGUCAUCGUCCAGGCACCAAUUUGGGUGUUUUGAUUUUGAUAACGAGAAGAAGAAAGAGGAGGAGAAAGAGAAAAAAUCGGAUGACCAUCAUCAGAGGAGCCGCGAGUUAAGGAAGCAGAGGAGGGGGAGCAAGAGUGGGUCUUUUACCUUCAAAUUGGGUUUUUCACAGAGGUUUGUUGAGGCCGAGCAGAUCGCCGCCGGAUGGCCUGCCUGGCUCACCGCCACCGCCGGUGAAGCUGUUCACGGCUGGGUGCCUCUCCGUGCUGAUGCUUUUGAGAAAUUGGAUAAGAUUGGACAAGGUACCUACAGCAAUGUGUUCCAAGCACGAGAAAUUGAAACCGGAAAGAUGGUUGCCUUGAAGAAGGUGCGCUUUGACAAUUUCCAGCCGGAGAGCAUCCGCUUUAUGGCACGAGAAAUUAGUAUCCUCCGCAGACUUGACCAUCCAAACAUUAUGAAGUUGGAGGGAGUAAUUACAUCCCGAAUGUCAAGCAGCAUAUAUCUUGUAUUUGAAUACAUGGAACAUGAUCUUGCUGGAUUGUCUUCAAGUCCUGAUAUUAAGUUCACUGAGUCGCAGGUUAAGUGCUAUAUGAGGCAGCUUUUGCGAGCUAUGGAGCACUGCCACUUACUAGGUGUAAUGCAUCGCGACAUUAAAGCAUCCAACAUUUUGGUAAACAAUGAAGGGAUUUUGAAGGUGGGAGACUUUGGAUUGGCUAAUGUCCUUAGCCCGAGGAACAAGCAACAGCUAACCAGUCGUGUAGUGACUUUAUGGUACCGUCCUCCUGAACUUUUGAUGGGGUCAACAAAUUACGGAGUUUCAGUGGAUUUGUGGAGUGUGGGUUGUGUUUUUGCAGAACUAAUCUUCGGAAAGCCUAUCCUUAAGGGGAGAACCGAGGUUGAACAAUUACACAAAAUCUUUAAGCUUUGCGGCUCUCCUCCUGAGGAGUUUUGGAGAAAAUCCAAGCUUCCUCAUGCUACCAUGUUUAGACCUCAGCAUUAUUAUGAAAGUUCUUUUCACGAAAUGUGCAAAGAUCUUCCUACAGCUACAAUGGACUUGAUGGAAACUUUUCUCUCCAUAGAACCAGAAAAACGUGGGACUGCCUCCUCUGCUCUUAAUUCUGAGUAUUUCCACACAAAACCAUUGGCCUGUGAUCCGUCCAGCUUGCCAAAGUAUGCACCAAACAAAGAAAUUGACGCCAAACAUCGAGAGGAUCUACGGAGGAAACUGGCAGGCUCUAGAAUGAGAGAUUCUGGAGCAUCAAGAAAAGCAAGAAGAGGUCGUAAAACCUUGCAACAACCAGAUAGUUUUAACCGAUUUGCACCAAAAGAGGAAGCACAACACCAUACUCAGUCGCACAGAAAGAUGGGCAAUGAUGGGCAUGAUUAUCCGGGAAGAGGAGGUGCUUUGUAUGGGGAGCUACAGAAGCCCGCAUUUGAUACUAUGUCAGAGACUUGUAAGUUACCAGAUGCAUCACAAGCGGAAUCUCAUUUUGUAGGGCCAGAACAAAUCACUGCAUCAAGUGGUUUCUCAUGGGCAAAACGGCAAAGAGAGGAUGCCAAAUCCACGAUGUCAUACACCCGAUCUAGCUCAAGGAGUCAAUUUGAUUCAUCUAGUCUUGUUUUCGCCAAAGACGGCUUCAACUUGACGAAAGAGAAUGACACUGCAAACGACACAAUACAGAGGUGGAAAACCCAGUUUGAUCGAAUAGAUGCUUUAGAUGAAUCUAGCGCGUUCCAUUCUCAAGAUCUCUCGGCAUAUGAUAAUCAAGCAACAUUUGCUCUAAGAAGUAAACCGGAUUACAUUAACGUCAAGGAGAAGGUGGACUUUUCUGGACCGUUGUUAUCUCAAGCUUACGGGAUUGAUGACCUCUUGCGAAGAAACGAAAGUCACAUCCGGCGAGCUGCUCGCAGAUCAAGGCCUGAAAGAGAGAAAUGACUCCGGGGAUAUCGAGCACUGCAACUCUAAACCUCAGACGUAGGCAAGGCAUGGAAAAGCCAGCCGGGGCCAUAAUCCAUUGGCCCUUUGAAAGUGAUUUUGGAUCGUCAGAACUCAAGCCGAAUCAGCGUUAGUUCUCUUAGAAGAAUCACCUUGUUAAGUUACGUGGCUCAUCUUCUUUUGUAUGAUAACUUGAAGAGAAAAGAAAAAAGUAUACGACUUUGAUCGAA